AUGGUGCAGUACUCUACCCUAGGGUGGCAUUUCAGACACAGACCACGUCUCGCGGACCACGUCUCGCAGACCACGUCUCGCAGACCACGUCUCGCAGUCCACGUCUCGCAGUCCACGUCUCGCAGUCCACGUCUCGCAGUCCACGUCUCGCAGACCACGUCUCGCAGUCCACGUCUCACAGUCCACGUCUCGCAGACCACGUCUCGCAGUCCACGUCUCGCAGUCCACGUCUCACAGUCCACGUCUCGCAGACCACGUCUCCCAGUCCACGUCUCGCAGUCCACGUCUCACAGUCCACGUCUCACAGUCCACGUCUCGCAGUCCACGUCUCACAGUCCACGUCUCGCAGUCCACGUCUCACAGUCCACGUCUCGCAGACCACGUCUCCCAGUCCACGCCUCGCAGACCACGUCUCCCUGUCCACGCCUCACAGACCACGCCUCCCAGUCCACGUCUCCCUGUCCACGCCUCCCUGUCCACGCCUCCCUGCCACGACCACGCCUCACAGUCCACGCCUCGCGGACCACGUCUCGCAGUCCACGUCUCCCAGUCCACGUCUCGCAGUCCACGUCUCGCAGUCCACGUCUCGCAGUCCACGUCUCACAGUCCAUGUCUCACAGACAACGCCUCACAGACCACGCCUCGCAGACCACGCCUCCCUGUCCACGCCUCGCAGACCACGCCUCACAGUCCACGCCUCGCGGACCACGUCUCGCAGUCCACGUCUCCCAGUCCACGUCUCGCAGUCCACGUCUCACAGUCCACGUCUCGCAGUCCACGUCUCACAGUCCACGUCUCGCAGACCACGUCUCCCUGUCCACGUCUCGCAGACCACGUCUCCCUGUCCACGCCUCGCAGACCACGCCUCCCUGUCCACGCCUCGCAGACCACGCCUCCCUGUCCACGCCUCGCAGACCACGCCUCCCUGUCCACGCCUCGCAGACCACGCCUCCCUGUCCACGUCUCACAGACCACGUCUCACAGUCCACGUCUCACAGACCACGUCUCACAGUCCACGUCUCACAGACCACGUCUCACAGUCCACGUCUCACAGACCACGUCUCACAGUCCACGUCUCACAGACCACGUCUCAAAGACCAUAUUUUCGUAGUACUUUAG